AGAUAAUUUUUGUAAAUCUUGAUACUCGUUGCUGGCACUGACAAUUUCGCAUCUCACUAUAUUGUUAUGCGGACUGGCGCGCCUUCGCGACCUUUUCGCUUUUGCUUUUCUUGAGGGGUUGGCGUGCGAUCAUAUUUCAAUUCCUAGCUAAACACCCCCCCCCAUCUCUCAUUCCCCACCCAACUUUGCAUUAUCACAAAAUGGCUCCUCUGAGAAAGUACCCCGUAACACUCAAAUUUAAUCCUCAAACGUUACAGGAUUUGAAUCUCGACACGACGUUACGCGCAAAGCCUAAGGCCAAGCCCAAGCACAAAACCGUCGCCCAGCUCAAAGACACGCUGAAAAUUGAUACAGCGGUAGAGUCGGACGCCAAAAAGAACGGAGGUAUUGCCUCAGGUCGGAGUCCCGGGGUGUCCUCUCCCAAUGUUGGGUCGCCUUCUGUGGAUGUGAAGCUCUUGUCCAAAUCCGGCUUGGGUGCUGGGACCACUGGCGUCAGUCCCAUGGUUUUGGACAGAAGUGGCAGGAAGUGUAAGGAAUGGGUCAAGAUCAGUAAACCCAUCAGAAGCUUUAGCGGGUACACAAUGAACGUCGUCUUGUGGAACGACGCAGAAAAGGCCAAAGAGUUCAAGAACAAGACCGAAGCCGAGGCAAAAGAAGCGCUCCUCAAGGCUAAACGUCUGAAUGAUUCUGCCGACAUGGAUAUGACGAAUUCCACCACCGUGGAACGCGAAGCCACGGACGAAUUACCGAACUCUGAGACUAAGGAUCUCAAGGUAGAAGAAGGCAAGGAUGCCACCGAAACCCCGCAGCCAUCUGAACUUGACAAGGAGCUUGAAGCACUCGCCACUGAUCAGUCAACCGAGGAAAAUCCAAGCGCAACGCCGCUUUCGGAAGUGGCAGCGGAAAACAACGAUGAUCCAGCUGACGCGCCUCCUGUGAGAGCCCCGCUUGCAGUUAUCGAAACCAACACUGCUGCGUCCACGAUAUCCCCUGCUCCACGUCAUACCGUUGGAGACGAUGCAUGAGGUGUACAUAUUCAUGAGUGAUGAAUCAUGGUUGCAGCGGAUGCUCCAUAAACGGUCUUGGAUGCGAUCUGUAGCCUACCGAGUU